CGCACUACAGGGCCAUUACGUCGGCUGACUUGCAAAUCAGUUAACUGCUAGCUAGAAGGAUGACCGAGCUCUCGAUAAGCAGCCCAGUCUCACCCUCACUUUAUCCAACUCUUGCGACCGUUCUACUUGGAAGUGGCUUGUGUAUGACUGGAAGCUUCUUUCUCUAUGAAGUGACGAAAACAAAGAGCAAUCGAGCACUCAGAUCAGAGCUGCUGCUGGCUUUCAUUUCGGCAUUGCUGCUCGGUUUCGGGACAUUAUUCCUGCUCUUGUGGGUUGGAGUUUACGUAUGAGUAUGUUUCAAAUACUGGCGCUUUGGGACCUGAAGAACAAGCAUGCUCCGAAGUGGUUUUCCGGGCUAUCCUCGGCGUCGUAAGCAGGAUGCAGACUUGAGGAUAGGAACUGGCGCUUUGUUUGGAGUACUCCUUUCCUGCGCUGUCGGAGUUGAGUCGUGGAGUUCAUUUGGUGGCCACGGUGACCCUCCUGUCUGUUCAGUUGUUUUGCCUUCGACCGUGUAACAGUAUGAAUUUUGGCA